AUGUUUAAUGUACACCGCAUCACCUGCCUUCGGGUUUUUCUGCUGGCCCUCGCACUUGGGCCGGUCAAUGCUACUCCGAUUGCCCACAGCGAUCUCACUGGCCGUGAACAUGGAGGCCCAGCGGUGUGGCCAACUCCUCAACAGCUGAUAUUAACCGGCGGAAAGGUAUCGCUCAAGGCCGAUGUAACUCUUGUGACCAACGCGUUCAACGACUCCGCCACAGUAUCUAUGGUCAAGGAGGUUGUGGCUGCCGCCGGUGGUAAUGUUGUUCUCGCCUCCAAGCCCAGCGGUAAAGGCACACAGAUUUUCGUUGGCACCGAGGCUGAAGCUGGCGCCGCUGUCGCUGCUGCUAAGGCUCUUGCCGGAAACUCUGCGAAUGGCCUCGACGCUGACGGCUACGUUUUUGCAUGUGGCCGUUAUGAACAAAAGCCAAGCAUUGUUCUCAAUGGCGUAGACACGCGUGGCACUUUCUAUGCGGCACAGACUCUUCGUCAACUUCUCGACGGUGGGCACAUUCCCGGCAUUAAGGUGCGCGAUUGGCCGCUCAUGUCUAUCCGUGGCUCGAUUGAGGGUUUCUACGGUGUCCCUUGGUCUCAUCAGGCACGUCUCGACCAGUUUGCUUUUUACGGAAAGCACAAGAUGAACACCUAUGUUUACACGCCGAAGGACGAUCCACUUCUCCGCGCCAAAUGGCGCACUCUUUACAGUGGCGAUGAGCUUACCCAGCUCAAGGAGCUUGUUGAGACUGCAAAUACCAACCAUGUCGACUUUACCUAUGCUCUUUCGCCCGGCUUAGACGUAUGCUACUCAUCUGACGACGACUUCGACGCUACUAUGGCAAAGUUUAACCAGCUGCGCGACUUUGGUGUCAGCAGUUUCUAUAUUGCUCUGGAUGAUAUCCCCCUCGAAUUCCACUGCGAUGCGGACAAGGAGAAGUGGCCCGAAACGAAUAACGAUGAAUGGAUCGCCGAUGCCCAGGCCUUCUAUCUGAACCGUGUUCAGACGGAAUACAUCGAGCCGAACGAUCUCGAAAACCUCGAGACUGUCCCGACCAACUACGCCGGCAGCGCAGCAUCCCCGUACAAGACAGAGUUCGGUACCAAGCUAAACAUGAAGAUCCGUGUUCAGUGGACCGGUGAAGGAGUUUUCAGCGACGAUAUCACAGUCGACAGCGUUGUGACAGCCGACGCGAGCUACGUCACCGACAACCUGUUCCUAUGGGACAACUUCCCAGUCAACGACGGCAACCGUGACCGCCUAUUCCUCAAUCCGCUCACCAAGCGUGCCGCUGAACUAUACAAGCAUCUUCUUGGCUUCACCUCGAACCCGAUGAGCCAAGCGUAUGCCUCUAUGGCCGCACUCGCGAACUAUGGUGACUAUACCUGGAACGGGCCGGCGUAUGAUGCCACCAAGUCUAUGGAUGCAAGUCUAUGGGAGCUAUCGGGUAGUGACAAAACCGUCCACAACGCACUCAUCGCGUUUGUCGACCUCAACCAGAACUGGCCGUACCAAAGUCCCGAGGUCAAUGCGCCAAGCCUCACCAAGGACAUUGCGGCUUUCUGGGCCGCUCGUAAAGCCGGCACCGGUCAUGGAACCAAGGCGUUGAAGGAUCGCCUCGCACUUAUCAUCACCAUCUCCGAUGUUCUCCCCAAAAUGGCCACUAAGGCCUUCGCUACGGACGUGGCUCCCUGGGCGACUGUUGCUAGGCAGUGGGCAAACGCUUGCCAGCACCUGAUUUGUAUGCUCGAGGCACUCGAUCGAAAAGAUCAGAGCAAGGCAGAUGCCGAGUUCAAGUCCGCCAAGAAGUGGGUUGAGAAGACGAAGGCUAAGACUGUAGAUGAUCGCAACACGGAGGGAGAAGACCUGCCUAACUCCAUUAUCCCAAUCACUGGGGAUGGGGCGUUUGAUACGUUCCUAAGUAAUGCCACGGCUAUUUACAAUGAUAAAUAG